CGCCAUGGCCGUAGCUCAUUGCUUCUUUGAUUGUGUAUUUCCCCUCAGCUCCGCGCUCCGGCUUCCUCUGCUUAUCCCCGCAAACGAGACUGAGAGAUUCAUAUACUCCGGCCUCCUCCAAUCCUGCCUGCGAACCAGACGGAGGGAUAUGUAGAGAUGCUAGGGAUUUCAUACGGAGAGUUGUUUCUCUUGCUCGGAGCUACCGCCGCUUUAAUUGGACCUAAGGACCUUCCAAUCCUAGCCAGAACGGCCGGAAGGUUAUCUGGCCGUGCUAUUGGCUAUGUUCAAAUGGCGCGCGGUCAAUUCGAGAGUGUCAUGCAGCAAACUCAAGCUCGACAGGUACAUAAAGAACUUCAAGAUACAAUUGCUCAAUUAGAAGCCAUAAAACAUGAAAUCCGGACUAUUUCUUUCAUGAAUCCUGGUCCAUUAACCACAAGACUUGUAGACAACAUCAACAAUAUACCUGCAGCUGGAGCUGAUAUAGUGGAAACUGGACCUGAAAAAGCUGAUAAUGAGGAGGGCACAACAGUGGCCAUUACACCCAAGGAUCAAGACCCAAAGGCCUCAACAUCUUCUGAUAUGCACAGCCAAGCAACUGCUUAUGCAAAAUUGGCAGAAAUCACAUCAGCAAAUGUUGGGUCUGUAAAUAGCGAAGCUCUCAAUGAGCUUAUUGAUGAAUCUGGUAACCUUGUACUUCCAGUCUCUGCUAAAAGUGCAGGGUUGUUGCCUGAUCACAAAGCUGAAGUGAAGGGAUCUGACAUUGUAUUAGAAGCUAUUCUAGAGGCAGAUGUGGCACAAAAUGCAAAGAAGUUUUUCGUACAGUCCCAAAACCAAAUUAAAUAUGAAUGAGAGGUUAUUGACCUCCUCUGAUUGGCACAAGCAAUCCAUUAAACCAGAGCAGUAUAUAAUGGGAAAUGAUUGGCAUUCACUGAAGAGUAAAAACACAUUUCGAGUCAAAAUAUAUCAUGAUUGGUUGAUUCUCAAAUCAGCAUCGGUGCUGCUUGUAUCAGGUACAAAGUUUAACGUUGUAUUUGGUAUACGAGACACCGUGCUGAUCAGCAUUUUAGAAAUUUCGUUACUUCAUACUAUAAUGUUAGCAUAUUAACUUGAGGUUUAACUAGGAAGAGUUUUUGUUUUUGUUUUUGGAAGGGUGUUAAAGUAAAUAGCAAAUAAUAAAGAGAAAUUAAAAUAUAAAUGAUUGAAAUGGUGAGGUCUACAUGUUUUUCUUUUUAGCUGCGGAAUUGGGUUUGUCGUAUGUGAUGGGGUACGUGUUGUGCGAAUAUUGUGUGGAGAGUGGUCCAUAGCCCCAUCUCCAUAACAAACUCACAUUUCAAGUUUGCUUCCACUUCUGUCAA